AUCAGGUGGCUUAUGUCAUGUGACCCACUGGUAGUGUCGUAAGAGAGUAGUCUGCGGGUGAGAGGUAAAGAAGAAACGUUGUACCUUCUGUUCGUUAGGGUUGGCUGUAACAGGAAAAUUAAUCACCACUGCCGGGUUGGUUUGAAGAGUCUUCAGUUCAGGAAAGCACGAUGCAGAAUGUCAUUAAUUCCGUGAAAGGGACUGCUCUAGGGGUGGCCGAGUUUCUCACUCCAGUGCUCAGGGAAUCCAAGUUUAAAGAAACAGGUGUCAUAACCCCAGAAGAGUUUGUAGCAGCUGGCGAUCAUAUGGUUCAUCACUGUCCUACAUGGAAAUGGGCCACUGGUGAAGAAGCAAAAGUCAAGGCAUAUUUACCAAAGGAUAAGCAGUUUUUGCUGACCCGCAAUGUUCCAUGUUAUAAGCGUUGUAAACAAAUGGAAUAUUCAGAUGAGCAGGAAGCAAUUAUAGAAGAAGAUGAUGGAGAUGGGGGCUGGGUGGACACCUUCCAUAAUGCAGGGGUGUCUGGAGUGACAGAAGCAGUGCGAGAGAUAACACUGGACAGUAAAGAUAAUCUCAAAGUUAGUUCUACAGCUUGUCUAGAUGAUGAAGAUGAUGAGGAAGAGGGUGAAGCAGCUGAUAUGGAAGAAUAUGAAGAGAGUGGGCUAUUGGAAACUGAUGAGGAUGCAGUAGACACAAGUAAAAUUGUAGAGGCCUGCAAACCUAAAGCAGAUGCUGGAGGAGAAGAUGCCAUUUUGCAAACUCGAACUUAUGACUUGUACAUUACCUAUGACAAGUAUUAUCAAACUCCACGGCUUUGGUUAUUUGGCUAUGAUGAGAAUAGACAUCCUCUGACAGUAGAUCAGAUGUAUGAAGAUAUUAGCCAGGACCACGUCAAAAAAACUGUGACAAUUGAGAACCAUCCUCAUCUUCCACCUCCAGCUAUGUGUUCAGUGCAUCCAUGCAGACAUGCUGAAGUAAUGAAAAAGAUCAUUGAAACUGUAGCAGAAGGUGGCGGAGAACUGGGAGUUCACAUGUACCUUCUUAUUUUCUUGAAAUUUGUGCAGGCUGUCAUUCCAACUAUAGAAUAUGACUAUACAAGGCACUUCACCAUGUAAUUUCAAGUGACUACACAGGGUACAAAAACCCUUUAAGACUUUUACUGAGCUGGAAUAUUCAUGGCUGGCUGGCUGGCUGCGUGGUGUAUUAUUGUGGUCAGGACUUCUAUUCUGUCUCAUUCAGUAAAUAAGACUUCACUAACAAACUCAUCUUUAAAUAAUCCAAGUAUCUGCACAACUGUUUGUUUUCUUAUUUCAUUUCCCAGGACAGGCUUACCUGUACUGCAGCUUCAGCACUUGCAAAGAAUUAUUAGAUGUUUGUUAAAUCUUCUUUGUCCCUAAAACAGGAGGAUAAUCAGGUUAAAACAUGGAAUGACCAGUUAAUGUUCUAGGUAAAGAACCAUACUUCAUCAUAAAUUGAUCAACAUGAAUUAAAAGCCAUUUAUACUUUUUCUAAACUGUGUAACUGUCGGUUGUCUUUGCUUUAUUACAAUUGUUUUGUUUAAACAUUCAUUAAAUUGAAAGACUGUUCUUAAUCAAGUUUUUUUUAUUCAGUAAUAUCCCUAAUUAUAUAAUGUAUAAAAUAUCCAAAUCUGAAAAUUGUACAGUGGAGCAUUUUGUUUAAUGUAAGUAUCUUUAGGUCCUAUGUGUGCUUACCAGUGUUGAACUUUUGUUUGAUGGUCGAAUCCAAACCUUUGGCCAAUCUUUAGUGCAAUGUUCAUAUUCUGGGUUAAGCUUACUGGAUGAAUAUGUUAUUCAUAUGAUAGUUAUUUUGACAGUUCGAGAUUUACCCCUAUAGGAAUUUUAGCCAUCAAUUACAAAUUUAAGCGUUAAUAGAAAGGACUUGGAGACCGAUGUAAAUUAUAGUCCAUCAGCAAGUCAGGACUGUCUCAUACAGUUUAGCAAAAGCAAGAUGCUAAGCAAUAAGUCAAUAGAAAUAAAAUGAAAGAUACCUGCUGAAACCAGCACUCCUCUAGACUUCUCAGGCAGAUGAAAUAUGGAUUCUAUUAAAAUGAUUGGAGAAACCUAAUCUGUGAACAGUUGGUUUUUGCAUGGUUGUUUAUCUGUCCAUUUUGUUAACAUAUCUAUAAAGUAAAAUGCUAUUUUUGUAAGUGUUUUAAACACUUUAAAUUGAGCCAUUUUAAAAUACUGUACAGUUUCAGAUCUAAAGUAUCUUUUUAAUCAGUGACAGUAACACCACUAAUAAUGUUUGGUACACAAUAAGUAAGUGGUGUAAACUAACUUAUGAUAGAUAUGGUACAAAACCUGAUUUGAAAUAUGAUCUUAUUACUUUCAAGGUAGGGUUUAGCCAGCUUUUAAACCUGUUCUAGGCUUUCCAGCACAUGAGUUCCUGUAAUUGAUGGUACCUACCACAGGUUUUAUCACCAGUUAAAACCAAAGAAAAAUUGAAUUUAUUGGAACAGAGAAAGCUGCUUCAUAGCUUGACAAUGUAUUAAUUUGGCUAUCAUACAAAACAACAUCUUGCAUAGUGCAUUUGAUGAAGAUUGGAGUGAAACAGUUUUUUGUGGUGAUGAUUAUAUCAUCCAAGGCAUCUUUGAAAUUAAAGAGGAACAGUUUCCAUAUUCAUCUAGCUGUCAAAAGGUAAUCUGCAGUUCUGGUUUUAACAAAUCAAUCUUUACCUAAUACAUGACUAUUACUUUGACGGAAUCUGUAACAUUGUCUUAAAUUUUGAAUGUGUUUAAACAUCACAAUAAAAAUAAAAAUG